CAUCCAAGCGUGUACGUGAACGACAGCGUGCACCCCUGCCGUCCCGUGAUGCUCUCCGAAGCUCCCGGAGCCCAGUAUCGAUCGGCCAUCGGCUGGCGCUUCGCGACGGCUGUGGGAAACCCACACACACCGGCCAUUGGAGCCCCAGACUGAACAGCAGACCGGCCUAAAUUCACCGUCCACGAUGAUCCACUUCCAGGCACAGAAGGUCAUGGCGGAAGCCUGCAGCCUUCUGCAGAUGUUCUGAGCGUCCAACUGAUGCUGGAAGACUGUGAAACAGGAGCAAACUAAAUUACCUGACCAUCGCCGUCUAAGCCGAAGAACAGAAAAAAGCCACCAUGGCAGCCAAGAUUGGUAACUUCUUGCACAAGCUCCGCCGAACGAAGCCGCUCGGCUGUAACGUUAUGGAGACUUCGUUGAACCGUUGCCUGUCGACAUUCGAUAUCACUCUCCUGGGCGUUGGCCACAUGAUGGGAUCAGGCAUCUAUGUUCUCACAGCCACGGUUGCCAAAUCCAUAGCUGGACCUGCCAUUGUUGUGGCGUUCCUCAUCAGCGCCAUAGCGUCUCUCUUAGCAGCCUUCAGUUACGCCGAGUUCGGCGUCAGAUUUCCUAAAGCCGGCUCUGCUUAUUCUUACACGUAUUUAGCGGUUGGAGAGUUCUGGGCGUUCCUGGUUGGUUGGAACGUGGUCCUGGAGAACGUGAUUGGUCUAGCAGCCGUCGCGCGUGCCUGUAGCGCUUACACCGACUCGCUGCUGGGAAAUAUCAUCAAGGACUGGACGGAACAACACGUGGGUAGAAUAAAAAUCCCUUUCUUCUCGGAAGAACCUGACUUUCUGGCCUUUGCAAUUAUCGUCGCUUUUCUGAUCGUCAUGUCCGCUGGAGUCCGGGCGUCUUCGCACAUCAACAACAUAUUUUCGAUAGUGAAUAUUGGCAUCGCGGUCUUGAUCAUUGUCGUUGGCUCGUAUUUCGCGGACGUCAAGAACUGGACCAAUCCCGAAACAGGCGGCUUCAUGCCGUACGGCUGGCACGGAGUUCUGGCUGCGUCGGCGUCUUGCUUCUAUGCCUUCAUUGGAUUCGACUCGAUUGCGUCGUCGGGCGAAGAAGCUCGUGAUCCGCAAACUUCCCUUCCUCUGGCAACAUUCAUAUCCAUGUCUAUAGUCACUGUUGUCUAUAUUUCUAUAUCAGCCGUCCUGACACUUAUGAUCAGUUAUGUUGAUAUUACCAGUGAAUCUGGGCUGCCUGAUGCGCUCGCUGCCAACGGAGCUACUUGGGCAAAGGUGAUCGUCAUCAUAGGAGCCCUAUGUGGCAUGGUCACUGUACUCAUGGGCAACAUGUUCGCCCUGACGAGGAUAGUGUACGCCAUGGCAGAAGACGGUCUUCUAUUCUCGGCCUUCUCCUGGGUGAACCAGAAUACACACCUCCCCCUGUUUUCCAUGUACACCUUCUCUUCGCUUUCCGCCGUACUGGCCAUCCUCCUAGACAUCAACACCCUGGUGGAGAUGAUGUCCAUCGGUACCCUCCUGGCGUACUUAGUAGUGAGCGCGUCUCUCAUCAUCGUUCGAUACAUGCCGGUGUCACAACUUAUGGGAGAAGACAGCCAAGAAAUGCCAGAAUUAAGCAAAGCUCGCUCCAUGUCUGAGGAAUCCUUCCAUGGGUCAGAGGACACCGGUGGUCACCUUCGCAGUUCCUUCGCCUUCCUCCGCCAGCUGUAUCCGUUCAACAUGCCCCCGGGAACUGUGGUGUCCUACAGCAUCACGGUCCUCACCAUAUCCGUGUUUCUGUUAAGCUUCCUCGUCCAAGUCCUGCUCGAGCCUCUGAGGAACGGUAGUGUCUGGGCGGUACUCGUAAUACUGUCCCUCUCUUUCGUGACCUUGCUGUGCUUCAUCAUUGUGCUGAUGCAUCAACAGACUUCCGUAAUGUUACGAUACAAGAUGCCCCUGGUCCCCUUACUACCGACCCUUAGCAUUAUAAUAAACGCAACCUUGAUGACUACUCUACAAGGGCUAACGUGGGCACGACUGGUCAUUUGGGUAACUGUAGGCCUCUUCAUCUAUUUCUUCUACGGUAUCAAACACAGCAAGCUGAACCCCGACGGCGUAAUUUCACCAACUACCUCGUUACUGCCGACGGAUUGUCACACUAGGACGUGGGGCGCCCUAGACAAAGAAGUCUCUUCGCAUAGUCUCGACAGAGCGGACGUUGGGGAUGGUGCCACUGACAAGGACCCGCUGGUGCCUUCGUAGCUGUGCGCGGCAAACUGCUCUAUGAUAUCAAUGUCGUAAGAACAUUCGUCCGUCUAUCGGUGUGCUCCCAGUUGCUGCGACUCGCUCGCUGUAAAGGAGUCAGCGAGAGGGGGACAGAAACUGCUUGACGAGCAUCCUUCGUGUUUCUUUGUACGACUGACGGUACGAUACUUGAAUGUUCUUGUCUCUUAUACGUGAUAUUCAAAAUAUACUUUACCGUGAAAAGGGGAACCCGACGACAUCUCUGACAUACGCGCCCUUUACGCGUAACGUAAAUGUUGUCCAAAGAGCAUGUAACAAUCAAUGUUGCCCGACGGCAUACACUAAGGCGCUGAGUUCAGCGUGAAGUAUACCUUCGAAUUGUUCUCGACUUGCUGUUUCACGUAUUACUUCAGCAUACAAGAACGGGGGAGCCAUGAUGCAUGGACAACCUGUUAGUAUGUUCCUUCGACAGUUGAUCGAGGUCCAGUUCUCUCAAAGUCGCUGUUCGUGUGCGCUACACAGUAAAUUAUUUGACAUCUUUCAGCGUGUAAGAGGGGUGUUUUUGUAAAUAAACACAAUCUUUUAU